AGGUACAAUUUGAUUGGUACCUUAGUGACCAUGAUCAUCGGCAGCCGCUCAUACGUGUUGCUUUCCAUAUGGAUGAUGGAGCAAGGCUUGAAUGUAGCAGGGCUGCAAUAGAGCGACAUGAGAACGAAGGUGAAAAAAGUUGGGAAUCAGAAGCUGAGGAAAAAAAAGAAGAAGAAACAACCUCAAGAUAAAAAGGCUUAGAGAAAAAAUGAAGGGUGUUCGGAACGAACUUUGUCGCCUUUGAAAGUGUAGAAAGGUUGAAGAAGAUCGUUCGGGUGUUGAUGCUGUUGGUGAUGUUCAGGGGAAUGAUGAAGGUGCAGAUCAUGCAGUGUAUGAAAAAGCUUUAGGUGAAGUAGAUGAGGAACCUGCAGGGUAUGAAGAACCUACAGGUGGAAAAUGUAAAGAAGUUGUAGGUGGAAAAGAUGCAUAACCUACAGGUGGCAAAUGUGACGAAGUUCGAGGUGGCAAAGAUGCAUAAGUUGGAGGUGGCAAAGAUGCAGAAGUUGUAGGUGAAGUGGAUGAAGGAGGUGUAGGUGAAGUACAUGAACAACCUGCCGCUGAAGUGGAUGAAGGAAGUGUAGGUGAAGUACAUGAACAACCUGCCGCUGAAGUGGAUGAAGGAGGUGUAGGUGAAGUACAUGAACAACUUGUCGCUCAAGUGGAUGAAGGACGUGUAGGUGAAGUACAUGAACAACCUUCCGCUGAAGUGGAUGAAGGAUGUGUAGGUGAAGUCGAUGUAGGUGAAGGGGAUUAUGAACCUGGAAGUGAAGCUGAUGAAGAACCUUUAUGUGUACCCCAUGAGCAUCCACCAGCUGUCAUUGACAUUGGUGAAGAUGAAGAAGGAGAUGUUAUUGUUGAACCGAUAUCCGUACGGCCUUUGCGUACUUAUGUUGGUGAUCCUAGAACGAAGGUUGAUUUGGAUAAAGUGUACAACUCAGUAUCUGCAAAAGGGAUUGAACAGAGGUGGUAUUUUUUGCAUCAUCAAUUUUCAUGUAUUUUGAGAAAAGGUUGUCUGGAGUAGUAAAGAGGAUUGUACUUAGUCCUGUGUUUGGGGUAAAAGAUUUUUGUUACUUCAAUUGUUUUGUUGUGUAACUUUUUAUUGUAUUAUGGUUUUUUAAUUUGUUAUUGUUUAUUGAUUGCAAAACCAUAUGCGGCACGAGUAUAAGAGACGUGCAGCCAAUCAACAUGUGUGGCAACUUAAGGAUUAUGAAACGUAUUUUCCUACUGAUCUAAUUGAACUGCCUGACGUCUUGUCUACCGAUUUGGUUUUCAUCCCAUUUCUAAGUGAUAAUCAUUGGUGGUGCUAUGCCUUUAAAGUUUGCACCUUUGAGUUUUUUGUGAUUGACUCACUUGGUAGUGGUAUUAAAGGGCGUGCUCGGAUUGACAAAAGCAUGGCUCAAAAUAUGCAAUGUUUUUUGGGUCUGUUGACCAAUAAACUAGAAGAUUCUAAGUGUCCUUUGAUAGUUAAACAAACCAAUAUCCCUGUCCAACCUAACUUAUAUGACUGUGGUGUUAUGAUGUUGAAAGCAAUUGAAUUGUGGAUGGAGAUGAAAAUUAUAAUGGUAAAAGCUUGCCAGAUUAUACAAAUGAGGAGUUGCUUGGCUUUAGGAAAAAAUAUGUUUGUGACUGGAUCCUUGACAACGACAACAUCCGAAUAUUCGACACCUUGGAAUGAUUUGGAUUAAUAUAGGAUUUUAAUAGGAAAAGAAAGACGGAUAAAAUUUUGAUUUCUGUAGUCCUUCAUGAAGACAUUGUACAGAUGUAUAUUAUGUUAAGUGCAUUGUUUUUAACUUGAAUUGAAGUGAUGUUUUGUUGAUUAAAUAUUAUU